AUGGCAGUGAUGGUCCUCCUGCAAACCCUUGCAGUCAUGGGGUUCACGAUCGCUGCUAAAUGGGUGCUCUUGGGACGGCGGAGGGAGGGGUAUUAUCCCUGGGAUAUGAGCAGCUAUUCACAGCGCUGGCAGAUUAUGCUGGCGAUCGAAUGGCACAUCGAUCAUUAUCCCGGGAACAUUGGAAUCCUGACCCUCAUCUCCGGCACGGCAUAUCUACCAGUCUUCUAUCGGGCAAUGGGAGCCACUACAGAACCAGAUUUGGUGACGUUUGGGGAUCGUGUGGCGGCUGAUGACGCCAGUGUAGUGUGCCAUCUAAAUACGCGAGGGGAGUUCGAGAUGCACCCACUGCGUGUGGGCGAUCGGAGCGUUCUUAGGUCUGGUUCGAGAUUGCUAGCUGGAGCAUCGAUGGGUGAUGAUGCGUGUCUGCUCGAACAUACGCUUGUUCUGGCUGGGGAUCAUGUUGACAACGGUUGCACAGUCCAGGGGCGGCCCUGUGAGCUUUUUUCCGGAGAUAGACUGCAUGGGUUGGCGACAUAG